UUUGGAAACACAUUUUUUGUUGUGUUUAUUUGUGUUUGUCGAACGUUUAUUUGAGAAGUUAAGUUGUAUUUUUACAAAAAAACGUUUAGAACAAGAUACUUUAUUUCGUACAUUUAUUUUGCUUUGCUUUUCCGGUUCUCCAUGAAACCAGCAUAGAACUAAUUAUUUUAUUAUUAUACUUAAAAUACUUAUACAGCUAUGGCUCUUUUAAAUUAUUUUCCCUCAAAAAGGCAACUAUUUCGUUGCGAAAGCUGGCUUCGUGCUAGACGAUUUUAUUAUGAAAUAAGCCCAAGAUCUAGAGUGAAAAUUUUUGCUCCUAACCCUGAUAAAAAGUUACCUACCCUAAAGAAAAAACCUGUGCGCGUGCCGGGGGUGGAAAAGGAACUUGGACCGAGAACAAAUCCUCUGGGAAUCCAAAUGCUUUCAAAAGCAAUAUUUGACCAAGUAUUUUUAGAGGGUUACAAAGAUACUAGUAAUAAUGCCACUAUAGAAACUAGCAAAAAGGAACUAUUGAAGCACAACAUGAAAAGUGAAGAUACUGAAAUACUACCUGAUGUAGAUUUUAUUAUACCCCCAUUAAAAGGUCAAAACAUUGAGGAACACUUUUUAAAUAUUGGUGAAGAACAAGUGGGUGUUUAUAGGGAACUUGUGUUGGAACUUUUGAAAAGUAUUCCCAACCCUCCAAAAAAAUGGGUUUUACAAGAUGGCUGGACUCGUUAUGAGCCUGGACAAGAACCAAUGAAAGUAGAUUAUCCUUUAGAGGAGGCUUUAGUGUUUGAUGUAGAAGUGUGUAUGAUGGUUGGCAAAAGUCCUACACUGGCCACAGCAGUAUCAAAUAAAGCUUGGUACAGUUGGGUUAGCUCUACUCUGAUUGAUGGCACCUUCAAUCCAAACACUUCUAAUCAGUAUCAUAUGGAGAGCUUAAUUCCUUUAGAGAGCCAGUGCAGUGAUAGUGGUAUUAAUUUAAAGGAACAUCAAUUAAAACCAAAAAUUAUCAUUGGUCAUAAUGUGUCUUAUGACCGAGCUAGGAUUAAGGAACAAUAUUGGCCCCAAAUAACAGGAACUAGAUUUAUAGAUACUAUGAGUUUGCAUGUCUGUGUUAGUGGUUUAACUAGCUAUCAGAGAGCUGUUAUGAAGUCAUCGAAAUUUAUUGAAGAAGAUGAAUCAUGGAAAAAUAGCAGUUCUCUCAAUAAUCUUGUUGAUGUUUAUAAUUUAUAUUGUGGGAAAAAGCUUUCAAAGGAGACAAGGAAUAUCUUUGUCGAAGGCACUUUAACAGACAUCAAAGAAAAUUUUCAAAAUGUAAUGUCUUACUGUUCUACAGAUGUUAAAGCAACAUAUGAAAUUCUGAAGGAGCUUUUUCCACUCUUCCUAAACAGAUUUCCACACCCAGUCACUUUAGCUGGCAUGUUAGAAUUGGGAACAGCUUACUUACCUGUCAAUCAAAACUGGAAUAGAUAUGUUGCUGAUUCUGAACAAUCCUUUGAGGAUCUAGAAAACGAAGGGAGGAUUCUGCUUGCUAGAAGGGCAGAUCAGGCCUGCCAACUGCUGCACAACGAAGAAUAUAAAAAGGACCUCUGGUUGUGGGAUGAAGAUUGGGAAGUAAAAGAUAUUAAAAUGAAAAAUGAGUUAAAGCCUAAGAAAGUUGCAAUUAGUAAAUUGGAAAUAAAGGAUAGUAAACCUGAUAGACAGGAUGAUGAAGAACAUGAUGAACUUGAAGAAAAGUUUAGAGAACUUUGGAAAACUAGUGAGUUAUUGCCAAAGGUUAAGAUGGUGUUACCUGGAUAUCCUAAUUGGUACAGAAAGCUAUGCCCAAAACUUAAUUCUACUCCUGACUGGGUACCUGGUCCAUAUCUUCUAAGCACUUCAAUGAAAAUAACUCCAAAACUUCUUUCUCUCACUUGGGAAGGAUAUCCCUUACAUCAUUUAAAGGAUAAAGGUUGGGGGUUCUUGGUACCAUUCUCUAAUGAUGUAGAUUUAGAAAGAAAACUACCUUUAAAGAAAUUAUUAGAAAAGUGUCCAUUACUGUCUGAAAAAGAAUCUAGAGCUGAUGGAGCUGACAACUUACAUACCAUAUCAAAAGCUGUUGAUGCUCAUUUAAUGAGGAAAGAGUUUUAUUCUAGAGUAAAAAAAGAUAAAACUGGUGGUUUAUAUAAAGGUGCAGGAAUUUGGUGUAAUACAGAAAUAGAAGACUGUUGUUGGUUUUUCAAGUUGCCUCACAAAGAUGGUGCAGCAUACAAUGUCGGAAACCCACUCGCCAAGGAUUUUUUAAAUAAAUUCUCCGAAAACGUAUUAGCUGGUGAUUCAGAGAGUGCCGAAGAAGUGCUCACUAUAGCCAGAAAAUUAUCUUACUGGAGAAACAACAGAAGCAGAAUUCUAGAACAGAUGAUUGUAUGGUUUUCCGAACAUGAAUUACCCAAAGAUUUAAGAGAUACAGGUACUUCAAUCAAUGAAUCACUAAAAUUGAGUUUCAUAAAUUUAAUUAAUAUUUUAGGUUUUACUUUUGGAGCUAUAAUUCCACAAGUUGUAGUGUGUGGAACUUUAACACGCCGUGCCAUGGAACCUACAUGGAUGACCGCUUCCAAUGCACAUAAGGAAAGAAUCGGUAGUGAAUUACGAUCGAUGGUUCAAGCUCCACCUGGAUAUAAUAUUGUCGGUGCCGAUGUUGAUUCACAAGAACUUUGGAUUGCCAGUGUAUUAGGUGACGCAGAUCAUGCUAAAAUGCAUGGCUCCACCCCUUUUGGUUGGAUGACCCUAUCCGGAACUAAAGCAAAAAACACCGACAUGCACAGUGUAACAGCUCAAGCAGUAGGAAUUUCCAGGGAACACGCUAAAGUUAUAAAUUAUGCGCGAAUCUAUGGGGCCGGCCAACAAUUCGCCGAGCGCCUUCUAAGCCAAUUUAAUCCCUCAAUGGGGGAAUCCGAGGCCAGAAAUAAGGCUCUAAAAAUGUUUACCUUAACCAAAGGAAAGAAGAUUUACUUUUUAAAACCGCAAUAUUUAACCGAUUUUGCUGACAAACCUUACAACAAAUGGCAAGCGUUUGAGCUGGCCAAAGCCUGCGGAAAAACGGUACACGAAAUGUUUCUUCAAUCAAAAUGGAUUGGCGGUACCGAAUCCGCUAUGUUCAAUAGGCUGGAACAAAUUGCUAAUAGUCCCACCCCAUGCACUCCCUUUUUAGGUGGAAGACUUACUAGGGCUCUGGAGCCAAAAUCGCAUGGCGACGAUAAGUUUUUAACCACCAGGGUCAAUUGGGUGGUACAAUCGGGAGCCGUGGACUUUUUACAUCUAAUGCUAACGUGCAUGAAGUGGAUUAUGGGAGACAAAAUCCGGUUUUGCAUCAGUUUUCACGAUGAAGUACGAUAUAUCGUGCCGGAACAGUAUAAAUAUCAAGCGGCGCUAGCGUUACACGUUUCUAAUCUUCUUACCAGAAGUUUUUGCUCCUAUCGGCUGGGAAUGCCCGAUUUGCCUCAAGCUGUUGCCUUUUUUUCCAGUGUAGAAGUGGAUACGGUUUUAAGAAAAGAAUGCGAUAACGAUUGCGAGACGCCUAGUAAUCCGCACGGGUUAAAAAAGGGUUACGGCAUCGAUAACGGAGAAUCGUUGAAUAUUUAUCAGGCUAUAGAGAAAGCGAAAGGAAACUAUGCUUGCUGGUAUAACGAUACCAAGAGUAGGAAGUUUGAAAAGAGAAAUGUCAAGAGCAAAUAAAAGAAAGCACGUGUUACUAGAAACGUUCCUAGACGAUUUUUCUGCACCAACUGAAAACCAGCAAAUAGUAAAAGUACUCAGCAGUAAAGGCAACAAUUUGCACGAAGUUGAAUCCACUGACAAAAAAAC